AGAGAGAGGAGCAAUUUUUCCCCCCUGAUCGCGCCAUCGCACUGUUACUAUCGCUGCUGCCGCCGACAGCACCAUCGCCGCCUGUGCAACAAUCUUCUCCCCAGUCCAGUUCGCCGAGAGUGCGUGCGAUUCACUUGGAGAUCCGCGGCGCCGCAGUCUCGACGUCUCCGCUUUCGCUCGGCGAAUCCGAAUUCGGCAGCUCCCGGUCGCGGCGACCCCACUUCGCCCACAACUUUUUUUUUCUCUCCCACCCAUUCACCCCGAUUUCUUUUUAAUUUUAAUUUCGAGGCGCCGUUUUAUUUUCUCCUUCGUUCCGAGUAGCCACUCUCCCUCUUCGUCCUUCCGUUUUGUUUUGUUUUUUGGUUCCAAUUUUAAUUUCGGGUCCUUGGUUUUUUUUGUGGGGUUUUUUUUAAAAAAAACUAUUUCUUUUUUUUUUCUCCUGGGGGACCGGUAACAGUUGUGUUUUUCACCACCAUGAACAAGCUGUAUAUUGGAAAUCUGAGUGAAAACGUGACUUCGGAGGACUUGGUGAAAGUCUUUGAGGACUGCAAGAUCCCUUUCUCUGGGCAGUUUCUAUUGAAAACUGGCUACGCGUUUGUGGACUGUCCAGAUGACCACUGGGCGAUGAAGGCGAUCGAAACGUUCUCUGGUAAAGUGGAGUUGCACGGAAAGCGCAUGGAAGUCGAACAUUCUGUGCCCAAGAAGCAAAGGACCCGGAAAAUCCAGAUCCGAAACAUUCCGCCACACCUGCAGUGGGAGGUCCUGGACGGGCUGCUGGCCCAAUAUGGCACAGUGGAGAACUGCGAACAAGUGAACACGGACAGCGAGACGGCGGUGGUCAACGUCACGUAUGGCACGCGGGAGCAGGCCAGACAGGCAAUCCAGAAGCUGAAUGGCUACCAGUUUGAGAACAACGCUCUGCGCGUCUCCUACAUCCCGGAUGAGCAGUCGGCCUCCCAGGGCCAGCAGGGCCCCGACAACGGGCGGCGCUCGGGGUACGGCAAUCGCGGGGGUCCCCGGCAGGGAUCCCCGGGCGCCGGAGGACCCUCCAAACACCAGCACGCCGACAUCCCUCUGCGGCUGCUCGUGCCCACGCAGUACGUGGGAGCCAUCAUCGGCAAGGAGGGCGCCACCAUCCGCAACAUCACCAAGCAGACCCAGAGCAAGAUCGACGUCCACCGCAAGGAGAACGCGGGCGCAGCCGAGAAGCCCAUCAGCAUCCACUCCGCCCCGGAGGGCUGCUCCUCUGCCUGCCGGAUGAUCCUGGAGAUCAUGCACCAGGAGGCCAAGGACACCAAGACGGCGGAUGAGGUGCCCCUGAAGAUCCUGGCUCACAAUAACUUCGUGGGACGUCUGAUUGGGAAGGAGGGGCGGAACCUGAAGAAGGUGGAGCAGGACACGGACACCAAGAUCACCAUCUCCCCGCUGCAGGACCUGACCCUGUACAACCCGGAGCGGACGAUCACGGUGAAGGGCUCGAUCGAGGCGUGCUGCCAGGCGGAGCAGGAGAUCAUGAAGAAAGUGCGGGAGGCCUACGACAACGACAUCGCCGCCAUGAACCAACAGACUCACCUGAUCCCCGGGCUGAACCUCAGCGCCCUGGGGCUGUUCCCCCCUUCUUCCGCCAUGCCCCCUCCUCCCCCUGGCAAUUCGGCCGCUGUCGCCCCCUAUGGCUCCUAUGGGCAGGCCCCGGAGCAGGAGACCGUGCACGUGUACAUCCCCGCGCAGGCCGUAGGCGCCAUCAUCGGCAAGAAGGGGCAGCACAUCAAGCAGCUGAGCCGCUUCGCCGGAGCCUCCAUCAAGAUCGCUCCUGCUGAAGCGCCAGACUCCAAGAUGCGCAUGGUGAUCAUCACAGGACCCCCCGAGGCCCAGUUCAAGGCCCAGGGCAGGAUCUACGGCAAGCUGAAGGAAGAGAAUUUCUUUGGGCCCAAAGAGGAGGUGAAACUGGAGACGCACAUCAAAGUAGCAGCUAGCGCCGCUGGCAGAGUGAUUGGCAAAGGAGGCAAAACGGUGAACGAGCUGCAGAACCUGACGGCCGCAGAGGUGGUGGUCCCGCGAGACCAGACCCCGGAUGAGAACGACCAGGUCAUCGUCAAGAUCAUCGGCCACUUCUACGCCAGCCAGCUGGCGCAGAGAAAGAUCCGGGACAUCCUGACGCAGGUGAAGCAACAGCAGCAGAAAGGGGGCCCGGGGGCACCUCAGGGGCCGCCCCAGCAGCCGCCAGCCGAGCAGGGGGCCCCCCAGGCACCGGCGCAGGGACCCCAGCCUUUCAGGAGGAAGUGAGCCGCCCGCGUGGACCGAUCCGCGGGGAGGAGAGCAGCAGAGAGUGAGGAGCGCAGACCCAGCGGGAGACGGGAAGAUGCAUGUAACUAGAGAAACCGAGCGAGAGAGGGAAAAUACGAAAAACGGAGAAAAAAAAGGAAAACAAAAUGAUAGAAAACAGAGACCAGAUGCCAGGCCAGUGAGAGUGACUGGAAAUGAAUAGAUGAGUGAAAUGAGUACAAACAAGUUAGCGGUUAAGAUGGGGAGAGGUUUGCUUGGCUGACCAGCGGAGUGAGGGAGUAGUUCUCCUGGUGCACAUGCGCGCGGAAAGAACGCAGCGCAGCUCCAGCUCGGGCUGAGCCAGGGCAGGGCUGGCAGGCCGUGCCAGACGAGCAGGGCAGUGCAGAGGCCGCAAACAAAACACACAGGAAAAGAAAUCAGGAAGGAAGCUCCUGCCUGCUGGAGUCUCCAGAAUUAAAAGUAAAAAGCUAUUGGUAUUCAUUUCCAGUCAGUCUUGUUAUCAAGGGUGGUUUUUUAAAAUAAAUUUUAUAUAAAGAGAGGAAACUUAUGGAACGCAGUGGAGGGAGCAGGGCAGGCGUUACAUCCCCGAGGUCAUAGGUCAGAGGUCACCGUGGCCUGGGUGCCCUCUGCCCGGUCCGGACCGUGUCACGUGACCAGUCCCUAGCGAAUCAGAGACAGGGGGCAUGGCCGUAGAGGUUAACACAGCUCCUUUCAUUACCUGACAGAAGAACUGAAAAGAAUUUUAAGAAAAAACUUAAGGUUGUAAAUAUAAUCUUCAUGAGAAAAGAAGAUGCUCCAUGCGAUUGUUGGAAGCACAUUUAAAGUUGCACAGGAAGGAGCUUCUCUGAACUAGUCCCUGGCUCUUAUUUCUGUGUGACUUGAAGCAGGGAGCCCGAGCUCGGCCUCUGCAGAGUGGGUACAGUUCUGUACAGGUCCCAGGUGGCCUUGCAGUUGUAUUGCAGGUGCCAGUUCUGUGAGUACUUUUUUAAAAAUCAGCAAUUUUGUUGAUGUGUGACCUGUACACAAACGGCAUAUAUUAUAUAUAUUAUAUAUAUUGUAUAUGAGUUAACCAGGUGCUGCCCCCUGGCUGUGACAUUGGGAGGUACAGGCGGUGUCUUUUCUGAAGAACAGCGACUGCAGCUCAGAGGAGCAGUAUCCCCAAACGCUGUGGCUCAGCCCGGACAGCAUGGCCGCAUUUAGAGGCUUCAGGGUGAUGGCGGAGACUGGGUUUUGCUGGCUCAGCAAAACCUGGAAGCAGCUGGCCUUUACCCCCAGGGCAGCUGCACACAGGCCGUAGGGGCUGGGCUGGACAGGUCACGCACAGCGCGGGACUGGUGUUCCCCUCCGGGCACGCCGGCGCCCCCUGCCCUCACCCCCGUGCGCGGCUGGCGCUCAUGCUGCUGCUGUCGGUGUCGGUGGGUGACCAGCUGGCCCCGCCACAGUCCGGCUGUCCUGACAGGCAGCAAGGGGCUGCAGCUGCCUGCCUCUAACGCAGAAAUCAAGAAGGGGUGUGCAGGGUGAUCUGUCCGUCUUCCUGUCUUCAGUGAAUUACCAGAAGGCAAGAGCAAGUCCAUAAUGGAGGUCAAAGGAGAAUAUUCCCCACUGUGCAGGUUAACGCCUCCGCGUUUCUGGUUAGAUGAAGAGAUCGGGAGGCUGGGACCCUGAAUAAUUUGGGCAUUGGUUCCUGUAGUCCUUUUGCUUCGUUUGGGGUUAAACACGUGAGCAGGCCACCCAUCCCAUUAAUCCUGCCUGGUCUUUAGCAGCUGAUUGAUAAUGGGGAACAACGGAUCCAGUUGUUCGCUGAAGGAAGCCUGGGUAUCGGCUUCAACGGUGUGGCAGUUUGUUCCACGCUCCCACACUCCUUUGUGUAAAGUAGUGCCUCCCGCUCUCGGCCUUAAACGCACUUCCACCUCUGCCUUCUUCAGACGGAGGCCCUCGGUAGUCUCCUCUGUGCAGUUUGGCCAGCUCUGCCAGCCUGUCGGCGCAGGGUGCUGCCCGGGCCCACAGCCGCCGUGGCGGUCCCAGAGCUGCUGAGCGCUUACCUGUCAUGUGACCACACCUGGACGCCACACCGUAGCCCUGCUGGCUCCAGAAAGGCACCGCCGCGCGGCCCGGCUCUGGGUGGGUGGCCGGCUUUGGAUUUCCUGUGAAGCUGAGGGGAUGUGGGCGCCGCCGGCUCUGCCCCCCGGCCGCGCUGCCUCGCACGCUCCUGCCCGACAGCGCCCCCGAGAGGCAAGCAGGAACGUUGCGACAACGAGACUGAACAAUCCUAUACCUCAGGGUGUCGUUACCUCAGUGUUCGUUUCUGACUUUUUUUUUUUUUUGCUUGCUGGUGUUUUAUAUAAAGCUGAUAGUCUUGAAUAUUUUAUUUUUUUAAGAAAAAGAAGUAUUUUUUGUUUUUUUUUGGGGGUGGGGGGGGAGGUGUUGUCAUUGUUGCUUUGUUUUUUUUUUUUUGUGUGUACAAGUUCAUCAGAAUAAGCCAGUGGAGCAGAAGUGGAAAGGAAAAUCAGUCCAGACUGGUACGAAACCGGGCGCUAAUGUUAACGAUUCCAGUUCAACGAACAUCGUUCGGCAUGGAUUACUCACUUAAAAUAAUACACAGAUAUUUGAGGGCUUGCUGUAAGAUUUGUGUUUUCCUCUGGCUUCUUCUGAUGUGUUUGAUUUGAUUUUUAAAAUCAAUGUCUUUGUCAGCGGGGAAAAUGGAUGAAAGAGCUGCUGUCUUUCGGUGUUAAUUAACACUGAGUCAAUUAACCAUUUAAUGAAUGCCUUCUACAGAGGCACUUCAGGAAUUUCGGCGAACAGGAGAACAUGUAGGAUGAGCGUAACUUGCGGAUAUCUGCCAGAUAAGUUGAAUUAAGAGAAACGUCGCGACCCAACAGUUUGGACUGUGCCUAAUAGAAACAGCACCUGCUGUGAUGAAGUUGGUGUCGUCCCUCCAGCUCUCCUGCUCUUCAGAUGCUGCAGCUGUGUUCAGGUGCUUGACAGCCUCAGCACUGUGAAUAGAGAAGAGAAACAGCUUGUGGCCGGAGGACCUAAAGGGGGCUGAUCCAUUCCAGGCGAUAAGGGGACUCAGUGGGCCACUGUCUUGUCCGUCUUGAGUCACCUUGGGUCACAGUACUGUCCAUCUCUCCUUUGGGCCACGGUACUGGCCACCUCUAAAUUGGGCCACUGUCCUGUCCACCUCUAAAUUGGGCCACUGUCCUGUCCACCUCUAAAUUGGGCCACAGUCCUGUCCACCUCUAAAUUGGGCCACAGUCCUGUCCAUCUCUCCAUUGGGCCACAGAACUGUCCACCUCUAAAUUGGGCCACAGAACUGUCCACCUCUCCUGCCUCGGUGAGAGUUUCCAUGUCUGCACUGAGGUCAAGUCACCUGAAGGCUAGGGUGACCCUUACAGGUCAAAGUCUAAAGAAAUAUUUUUCGCAUAGGUGCCGGCUGCCAGAUCCCUUCAUCUGUUCUCCCCUCCUGACGAGUUUUUGUUCUUUUUUUUUCCUGUAAUGAAUAAAUCUUUUGAAGAAAGACAACAAGGGUAGGAGAAAAAAAAAA